GAAACUGAGGAUCUGUCGGAUAUCUACGCCAUCCUCCUGGCUGCAGGGUAAAGAAACAGCUCCCCGACCUCCCCGAGACCGGGGACGCGGAUAGCGGCCUUGUAGGAGGGUGGGCCGAGCCUGUGGCAGAGGUUUCUGAGGCAGCUUAGGCCCGAGAGCUUGCUUUGACUUGGUAUAACCAAGGCCUGGAUUGUGGAGUUGUGGGUGGCUCAGUGUUACUGCUACCAUGUUCCUGUACAACUUGACCUUGCAGCGAGCCACUGGCAUCAGCUUUGCCAUUCAUGGCAACUUCUCUGGAACCAAACAACAGGAAAUUGUUGUUUCCCGGGGAAAGAUCUUGGAGCUGCUUCGCCCUGACCCCAACACCGGCAAAGUACACACUCUACUAACUGUGGAAGUAUUUGGUGUCAUCCGGUCACUCAUGGCCUUUAGGUUGACAGGUGGCACAAAAGACUACAUUGUGGUUGGUAGUGACUCAGGUCGGAUUGUUAUUCUGGAAUACCAGCCAUCUAAGAAUAUGUUUGAGAAAAUUCACCAAGAAACCUUUGGCAAGAGUGGAUGCCGCCGCAUUGUUCCUGGCCAGUUCUUAGCUGUGGAUCCCAAAGGGCGAGCUGUUAUGAUUAGCGCCAUUGAGAAACAGAAAUUGGUGUAUAUCUUGAACAGAGAUGCUGCAGCCCGGCUUACCAUUUCAUCUCCACUGGAGGCCCACAAAGCGAACACUUUAGUGUAUCAUGUGGUCGGAGUAGAUGUGGGAUUUGAAAAUCCAAUGUUUGCUUGUCUGGAAAUGGAUUAUGAGGAAGCAGACAAUGAUCCAACUGGGGAAGCAGCGGCUAAUACCCAGCAGACACUUACUUUCUAUGAGUUAGACCUUGGUUUAAAUCAUGUGGUCCGAAAAUACAGUGAACCUUUGGAGGAACAUGGAAACUUCCUUAUUACAGUUCCGGGGGGGUCAGAUGGUCCAAGUGGAGUGCUGAUUUGCUCUGAAAACUACAUCACCUAUAAGAACUUUGGUGACCAACCAGAUAUCCGCUGUCCAAUUCCCAGGAGACGGAAUGACCUGGAUGACCCUGAAAGAGGAAUGAUUUUUGUCUGCUCUGCCACCCAUAAGACGAAGUCAAUGUUCUUCUUUUUGGCCCAAACUGAGCAGGGAGAUAUCUUUAAGAUCACUUUGGAGACAGAUGAAGAUAUGGUUACCGAGAUCCGGCUCAAGUAUUUUGAUACUGUGCCUGUUGCUGCUGCCAUGUGUGUGCUUAAAACAGGCUUCCUUUUCGUAGCAUCAGAAUUUGGAAACCAUUACUUGUAUCAAAUUGCACAUCUUGGAGAUGAUGAUGAAGAACCUGAGUUUUCAUCUGCCAUGCCUCUGGAAGAAGGAGAUACAUUCUUUUUUCAGCCAAGACCACUCAAAAACCUUGUGCUGGUUGAUGAGUUGGACAGCCUCUCUCCCAUUUUGUUUUGCCAGAUAGCUGACCUGGCCAAUGAAGACACUCCACAGCUAUAUGUGGCCUGUGGUAGGGGACCGAGGUCAUCUCUGAGGGUCUUAAGGCAUGGACUUGAGGUAUCAGAAAUGGCUGUCUCAGAGCUACCCGGUAACCCCAAUGCUGUCUGGACAGUGCGUCGGCACAUUGAAGAUGAGUUUGAUGCUUACAUCAUUGUGUCUUUCGUGAAUGCCACACUUGUGUUGUCCAUUGGAGAGACUGUAGAAGAAGUGACUGACUCUGGGUUUCUGGGCACUACCCCAACCUUGUCCUGCUCCUUGUUAGGAGAUGAUGCCUUAGUGCAGGUGUAUCCUGAUGGCAUUCGGCACAUACGAGCAGACAAGAGAGUCAAUGAGUGGAAGACUCCUGGAAAGAAAACAAUUGUGAAAUGUGCAGUGAACCAACGACAAGUGGUGAUCGCCCUGACAGGAGGAGAACUGGUCUAUUUUGAAAUGGAUCCCUCAGGACAGCUGAAUGAAUACACAGAACGGAAGGAGAUGUCAGCAGAUGUGGUGUGCAUGAGUCUGGCCAACGUCCCCCCUGGAGAGCAGCGGUCUCGCUUCCUGGCUGUGGGGCUGGUGGACAAUACUGUCAGAAUCAUCUCCCUGGAUCCCUCAGACUGUUUGCAACCUUUGAGCAUGCAGGCUCUCCCAGCCCAGCCUGAGUCCUUGUGUAUUGUGGAAAUGGGUGGGACUGAGAAGCAGGAUGAGCUGGGUGAGAGGGGCUCUAUUGGCUUCUUAUACCUGAAUAUUGGGCUACAGAAUGGUGUGUUGCUGAGAACAGUCCUGGACCCUGUCACUGGGGAUCUGUCUGACACCCGCACUAGGUACCUGGGGUCCCGUCCUGUGAAACUCUUUCGUGUCCGGAUGCAAGGCCAGGAGGCAGUGUUGGCCAUGUCAAGCCGCUCAUGGUUGAGCUAUUCUUACCAAUCUCGUUUCCAUCUCACCCCCCUGUCUUACGAGACCCUGGAAUUUGCAUCUGGCUUCGCCUCUGAACAGUGCCCUGAGGGCAUUGUGGCCAUCUCCACCAAUACCCUGAGGAUUUUGGCAUUGGAGAAGCUGGGUGCUGUCUUCAAUCAAGUAGCCUUUCCACUGCAGUACACACCCAGGAAAUUUGUCAUCCACCCUGAAAGUAACAACCUUAUCAUCAUUGAGACUGAUCAUAAUGCCUACACUGAGGCCACAAAAGCUCAGAGGAAGCAGCAGAUGGCAGAGGAAAUGGUAGAAGCAGCAGGGGAGGAUGAGCGAGAGCUGGCUGCGGAGAUGGCAGCAGCAUUCCUCAAUGAAAACCUCCCUGAGUCCAUUUUUGGAGCUCCUAAGGCUGGCAAUGGACAGUGGGCCUCUGUGAUCCGAGUGAUGAAUCCUAUUCAGGGGAACACACUGGACCUUGUCCAGCUGGAACAGAAUGAAGCUGCUUUUAGUGUGGCUGUGUGCAGGUUCUCCAACACUGGCGAUGAUUGGUAUGUGCUGGUGGGUGUGGCCAAAGACCUGAUACUGAAUCCCCGAUCUGUAGCCGGGGGCUUUGUCUAUACCUACAAGCUCGUGAACAAUGGGGAAAAACUGGAGUUUUUGCACAAGACUCCAGUGGAAGAGGUCCCUGCUGCCAUUGCCCCAUUCCAGGGGAGGGUGUUGAUUGGUGUGGGGAAGCUUCUGCGAGUCUAUGACCUGGGAAAGAAGAAGUUACUCCGAAAGUGUGAGAACAAGCAUAUCGCCAAUUACAUCUCUGGGAUCCAGACAAUUGGACAUAGGGUAAUUGUAUCUGAUGUCCAGGAAAGUUUCAUCUGGGUUCGCUACAAGCGUAAUGAGAACCAGCUUAUCAUCUUUGCUGAUGAUACCUACCCCCGAUGGGUCACAACAGCUAGCCUCCUGGACUACGAUACUGUGGCUGGGGCAGACAAGUUUGGCAACAUUUGUGUCGUGAGGCUCCCACCUAACACCAAUGAUGAAGUGGAUGAGGAUCCCACUGGAAACAAAGCCCUGUGGGACCGGGGUUUGCUCAACGGGGCCUCUCAGAAGGCAGAAGUGAUCAUGAACUAUCACGUGGGCGAGACAGUACUUUCGUUACAGAAGACCACGCUGAUCCCUGGAGGCUCAGAAUCGCUUGUCUAUACCACCUUGUCAGGAGGAAUUGGCAUCCUUGUCCCGUUCACAUCCCAUGAGGACCAUGACUUCUUCCAGCAUGUGGAAAUGCACCUCCGGUCCGAGCAUCCCCCUCUCUGUGGGCGAGACCACCUCAGUUUUCGUUCCUAUUACUUCCCUGUUAAGAAUGUGAUUGAUGGAGAUCUCUGUGAGCAAUUCAACUCCAUGGAGCCCAACAAACAAAAGAAUGUCUCUGAGGAACUGGACCGAACCCCACCUGAGGUGUCCAAGAAGCUUGAGGACAUCCGGACUCGCUACGCCUUCUGAGCCCUUCCUUUUCCUAUGGGGCUUGUCAGAGACCUUAUUUCCCUCACCACCUGGUUCUGAAUUCAUGUGACAGAAGAAGGGUGGCUGUAUAAUUAAGACUUUGUAAUAUUGAAGCUAGUAGCUCUUCCCCAUCCACUCUUCCCCUGGAGUGACUGGUUUCCCCUAAAAUUGGCACUGAGAUUUGCUACACUUCUCCUUGCCUGGUACAUAAUACAUUGCCCCCAGGUUCCGGUGUGGAAUACAGUGUCCCUUUUCCCAGAGCUUUCUCGCAUUGAUAUUUUUGGCUCUGCUCUCUACUUUUGUAUACACCCUUAAUUUUUAACUGGUUAUUCUGUAAAUAUAGUUUUGUAUGAUGUUAUCUUUGUGGGAGGCGGGAGACAAGCUGAGAUGGGGACCAGGUUGGCUAUAGUACAACUCCGGAGUUCUGCCACCCUGGAACCUAACCAGAAAUACAAACCUAGCUUUUAAGGUGGCUGGUGUCCAUGUGUCUUUGCUGAGAAUCUAGGUGGGAGAUUGGAGCCCAAGUUGGAGCAGGAAGAGCUGAGUUUCCUCCUUCCAGUUACCAACUUGGACUUCUGGCACCCUGUGGCCUCAUGCUCCCAGCUCUGUGAUGGUUUUUGGCUUUCUCUAGUCUUUUCUACUAUGCAGAUGAAACUUGGGCUUGAUAAUAAUUAUAUAGUCAUCCAUAUCUCUUCCCAUUGGAUAGUGAGGAAGGGUGGCUGGUUUCUUCUUCCCUGUUUUAGCUCCCUUCUACUUUGAAGCCUUAGAGUGAAGGAUUUGGCAUGAAUUCCAGCUGCCUAGUCUCUUAAUAGAUGCUCCUUUUACUUCCACAGCUCCUGAAAUGAUCAUUUGCCAUCUGUCUACUAGGAAGGAUCAGUAAGUACAGAAGAACCUGCCCUUGGGAAUAAAGUCAGUACAUGUGGUCCCUUUUUAAAGGCACAUGGGUAAUGGGGUCGGGGGCGGGGAGGCCUGUCUUCAACAGACAUCUUAGGUGGGCUCUGGAGGGCCUUUGGAGUAUGUGGAGGCAGCAGCUGGAAGUGACCCAGUGUCAAAUGUUCCAAUUCACACUUGAGAAUUCAGCCUUCCCACGUCAAACUGUAUGGGAAGCCUUAAUGUUCCAGGCAAUCCGUCAGCUUCAUUGAACAUGGAGAGGCCUGAGUCAUUUGUUUUCUGAGUACUUCACAGAGUAAAACCCUUUUUUGUUUGUGUGCUCAGCACUUCCAUUGAACAGAUUCUCUGGCAGGCACUGGGUUAGAGUCAGGAAUGGAGGUGGUUAGAUAUAAUCUUUGACCUCUAACAGCCCACAUUCCAAGUGCAGAGAGGGUUCCUGAUGCUAUCCCUGGAACUGUGUAUCUCUUUAAUCACAGCUUGGUUUUGGAUCAGUCAGUAGAGACCUGAGUUUUGCCAGGAAUUGAAUCCCUAAAUGACACUUCAUUUUCUCAGUUCAUGGGUAUACAUAGUAGACAGUACUUCUGAAUUACAUUUGCAUAGUUUGAUUCCAGGGCUCAUUUUUGCUGUGCCCCCCGCCCACUUGUUCCAUUUAGCUUGUCAGAUUGAUUGUAUGAUGUUGAUGUGCGGUAGUAUGAGAAACUCAGCAUAGAUAUUUGAGCAGUGGCUCCUUGUUCCUAGGCUCUCUCCUGAAAUACUUCUUCCUACAGUAGUAGGGGGGUUAUGUAAGAACGGAAAACUUGAUCUCUGUAUAGAAUCAGGAAUUGCCACCCUUUUUUUGUUUUUAUUAUGUAGACAGCAGUUUAUUGUCCAACCCAGGGGAGGAAGACACCACGUCACUCAGGGAUACUGCAUGCGAUCCAUGCUAGACAACAUGGGGGUUGCAUUCAGGAGCCCAGUAAACAACUAGGGGCUUUGGGAGGCAGGCUUUGUAAUAUCAAGAGGGUGGAACUUCUCCUGUUCUUGUGGGAAGUUGUGAUUGGCUUGUUUGAAUAAACCCACAGACUGGCAAGGAGCUGAAACCUCCCCAGAGGUGGGCAGGACCUGUGCCUGGUCCUUUGGUACAGAGGAUUGUUUAGCCAGGGAACCUCAUUCAUGAGAACAGAGUGGGGAGGGAAGCUUUGGCGAUUAGGCCACUUGAAGCCCUUCUGAUUUUAUAGCAUGAGAUACUGGACCUUAAUUUUAGAUCUUACACCAUAACUGGGAAUGUGUGGUCAUCUGAUUAUUGCUCCACUAGAGAGCUACUGGUAGGCCAGGCAAGGGUGAAUUUCACAUUGGAUCAUCAUCUUGUGCUUCCAGUGUAUUACAAGAUUCUCUUCCAUUCCUGGGGAAAAUGAUAACAAACUCAGUGGAAUUGUCAGAGAAAUAUGGGUGUGUAUUGGAAAAUGUUAUCUGAUAGAGGACAGCAAAUCAUGAGCUUAUAUUCUGAGCAUCGUGCUAAGCACAGUGAGAAAUUCUCAAGGCUCGCUCAGCUGAACUUGACAUUCUAGUAGGGGAGAGGAGGCUUAUACAUGUGAAAUAAUCAGCCAAAUAUGUUUAUAGUAGAAAGAGAACUAGAAUCAGGCAACGUGUCUGAUCUGGUUGGGCCAAAUAACAGCUGAGUGAAUUUGGGCAAGCCAUUAAAACUUCUGAGCCUUGGCUCCCCCAGCUGUAGAAAGUGAAAGGAGAGGUGUAAUAUACGCUGCACAGAAGUCCCUAAGUAUGUAGCCCAACCUGACUUAAAACAGCAUCUUAGUUCCUCAGAAUCCCAACAUUCAUCAACAAGUCAGUGACCCUGUAUCUCUUGGGAGUACAAAUUGUGUUUGUAUGUUUGUUUUAUUUUUUUCCCCAAAUUUUCCUCAUCAUGAAAAUCAUCCCUUAGGCCACUCAAUAAAAAAUACAGAUUCCUAGGAGUCUCUCCCUUAAAUCUGGAAUGGAAUUUGUAAAUAAGUCUAGACAUGAACUCACAGGCCUGAGUUCAGUCAAGUCUCUGCCCCUGAUUAGAUCCACGAUUUUGGUCAGGCCAGUUGGCUUCUCGUGCAUAACAUGGAGAUAAACAGGAUUGAUGUCACAAUAAAAUGAGAGCGUAUACCUGAAACACCCAGCAGUCAGCCCAGCAUGUUGUAGGUUCUUAUCGAUCCAAACCCCAGCCCUUAAUAUGUGGGGCUUGGAUCAGCACAGUGAAGUCUUCCAUUUUCCUUUAGGAGUCACCAUGGAUGCAGAGCUCCUUCCCUUCCCACCCCUCACACAUCACAGUGAUGUUCUCUUUUCCCCUUACAUUGCUUUACUUUUGAUGUGUCUGUUGACUUUGUCAUGUUCUCUGUUGUGGCCAAAUGGGUGCUGGAUGAGAUACAAGUUUUGAAGGAUAUACAGACAGCAUUUCAGCUCCAUAACUGAGGGGGCUUCUCUGGAUUUGAUUUCUCUGAAUUCUCACAGCUGGAAAGGUUUUCUUUUCUCCAGUUUUAUUGAGAUAUAAUUGACAUACAUCAUUGUAUCUAUUUAAGGUAUACGUCAUAAUGGUUUGACAUAUAUAGUUUAAUUAAAUCCAUCAUCUCAAAUACAAUAAAAAGAAAAAGCAAAAAAAGAAAAACUUUUCUUGUGAAGAGAACUCUUAGGAUAUUCUCUUACCAACUUUCAUAUAUAUCAUACAGCAGUGUUAACUCUAGUCAUCAUGUACAUUGCAUUCCUAGUACUCAUUUAUCUUAUGACUAGAAGUUUAUAUCUUGACCACUUUGCUCUGAUGUCCUGUCCCCCCAUUCUGCUCCCCACCCCUUCCCUCACAAAUCUGAUCUCUUUUUCUGUGAGUUUCCUUUUUUGGUUUUGUUUUUUUAGAUUCUGUAUAUAAGUGACGUUAUACAAUAACUUGUCUUCUUCUGUCAGGCUUAUUUCACUUAGCAUAAUGCUCUCAAGAUUUAUCCCGUCCUGCAAACACACACACACACACACACACACACACACAGACACCACAUUUUCUUUAUCCAUUCAUCUGUUGAAGAACACUUAGGUUGUUUCCAUAACUUAGCUAUUGUAAAUAACGCUGCUAUGAACAUGGAAGUACACACGUUUCUUUGAGUUAGUGUUUUCAUUUCCUUUGGCUACAUUCUCAGAAGUGGAAUUGCUCUGUCAUGAGGUAGUUCUGUUUUUACGUUUCUGAGGAUUGUCCAUAUUCUUUUCUGUAGUGGCUGUACCAGUUUACAAUCCCACCAACACUGCACAAGGGUUCCCUUUUCCCCACAUCCUCACCAGCAUUUAUCUCUCGUUUUCUUGGUGAUGCCCAUUCUAACAGGGGUGAGGUGAUUUAGCUCACCUGAAGGACAGAGGACUUAGCUGUAGUUUGAUUUGCAUUUCCCUAAUGACUAGUUUUGUUGAGCAUCUUUUCAUGUACCUGUUGGCCAUUCAUAUAUCUUCUUUGGAAAAGUGCCUGUUCAGGUCCUUUGCCCCAUUUUUUAAUUGGAUUUUUUGUGUUUUGCUUUUGAGUUGUCUGAGUUCUUUAUAUUGUUGGAUAUUAACCCUUUAUCAGAUAUAUGGUUUGCAAAUAAUUUUUUCCAUUCCAUAGAUUGUCUUUUUUACUUUGUUUCUUUUGCUGUGUGACUUUAGUCUAAUGUAGUCCCACUCGUUUAUUUUUUAUUUUGUUGCUUGUGUUUUGUGUUUUAGGUGUAUCCAGGAAUUUUCACCAUUGAGCUUUCUCGCAUAUCAGUGGGUUUGCUUGUUCUCUGCAAAACAGGGCGCUGACAAGUGGAAUUUUAGGAGCACAGGCACAAGGAAUUAGGCUUGAAUAUGUUGAGACCAGUUUUGUCUAGUUCAUAGUUGUUGCUGUAGGACCUACAGAAAGUGUUUAAUAAAAUUUAGUGAUUGGAUACAGCUAAAUUACAAAUCCCAUCUGUAUAAGUGUUAAGGGGACCACGUCAACUCCUUUGGUUUAGUUGUGCAACCAGGUAAACAGAGAACUCUGUCCUGUUUUGCAAAACACAUUAGAGGCUGCCGUAGAACUGAGAAGGAAGGCCACCCCACCAAGGCAUUUGCUCUUGGUUAUUAGGAUUGCUCCCAUUCUGCUGCUGUUAAAUCUCUGCAAUUUGGGUCUAAAAAAGUACUGAAAAGUUUUUAGCUGCCUCAACUUUUCCCUGACCUCACGAGUGGAGUUUCCACAGAUGUUGUUUCAUUUGGAAGAUCUUUUGCUAUGAAUAGCAUUCCUUUGGGGGAGGGGGGUUCAAGUUGGACUGUGGAUGGAAUGUUGGCUUUUGUUUUUUUUAAUGCUAGCAAGACAGCUGCUGGGGCUGGGAAAGACUCUUGGGGUUCACUUACCUCAUGGGGAGAGCUCUGGUCUCCAGAAUCCAUGCUGCUCCCAUGACUGCAGCCUCUCUUGAGGUUAUUAGUGGGAAGCCAGAAAUGUUGGGAGAAUUGUUCAAAUGAAUCAACCUGGCUUUCAGUUUUGUUUUUUUUUUAAUUCCUAAAUUCUGUUUCUAUUCAAAAUAGAAAUGCCAUGUGUUUGUGUGAAUCAUCCACUUGCUCAUUUGAAUAUGGAAUAUUGUAUGUGAAUAUUUUAAGUUUAUUGCACCCUUAAAAUAUAUUCAAGGGCUGUAUCCAGAUCUCUGGUGCUGAAGUCAAACCUUGUCCAAAAAAAUAACAAUGUAGGGAUACGGAUGACUGGGGUACAUGGGUGACGAUGUCUGGGGUGUAUGGGUAGGGAAGAAACACCUCUGUGGUCAGUGGCUGAUUUAUAUUUGGGGAUCUGAUAACCCACUGUGUGGGCCUUGUAUGAAGUUUGAGUGAACUGAAAUCAGUAGAUACGGACUACACAGCACUCAAGAGAAUCCCCUUCACCACUCUGCAUUAGCAUCACCAAGAGCUUUUCUAUAGAAGCUUUGAAAGUCAACAUCAAGAGAUAUGCCUAAUACACUAGAAGAUGGUGCUACGUUCAUUUAUUCCACCAAUAUUUACUGAGCACCUACUGUGUGUUACCUCCUUGAAUAUCUGCUCUACACCCAGGAGUUUUUGUAACUUGGCAUGCUGUUUCUGUCCCUCUGAGUCUGGUGGUGACGUUGAGUCUGCCAGAGAGCCUGGUGACAAAUUUCACAGGAUCCUAAGGCCCAUGUCUCUAGUUUUCUCAGAUAAAACAGGCACAGCCUUGGGAUUUCUGGGAAAAGUCAGAAGGUCCCAAGUAUGAAAAAUGAGGAGGUGGAGAGUAGACAGCCAAAGAUUUUUGGUCAGGAAGCUAGGAAAUCUGUUGCAGUGGCUUUUCUGUUCUCCAGAUUACUCUGCUGGGGGUGUCUGGGCAUCUGUAUAUUUCACAAUCUGGUAAUAAUAAUCAGACAUGGAAAUCACUAGGUGGUUUCCAGGAGAAUGAGGGAACAUUGCCUCUUGUUUAAAAUGAAGCAAAAGAAAACACCAAGUUUAUAGGAGACACAAGGAUGGGAGACUCAACUGGACGUAGCUAAAGGCCCCUGUCAGCCCCAGCUCACCCUCUAACUCCAGCAGCUCUGUCAGCACCCAGUCAGGCUUGGCUGUAAUCCCAGAGGCAAACCCACCCCAGUUCCCCGCCUCUGUCUAUUAGAGUCUGGUCCUCAGAUUUUUAUCCCACAGGCCCACCCGGCAGAAUAUACCCUUUUCUAACUGCAAGCAAAAUCUCAGGGAAUGAGAGUUGCUUUUGAUUAGGCCAUUUGAGGAGAGUUUUUACAAGUUAAUAAUUUGGGGUCAUGAGUAAAUGUGUAUAAGCUAGUGUGACAUGUGAUGGUGAAAAGUAUUAGCAUUUACUGUGAGUCAUUAGGGGGUCUAGUGCUGUUAACAGGGCACACUGAGAAAUCUCUUGCCUUUAAGGAGCUGAUGCUGCAACUGGAGAAAGGCGACUUCACAUAAAGCAAUCAGAAACAAGAUCCCAUCUGCCAAAUGCCAAGUAGGAGUGAAGUCCAUAGAACACUGGAUAUGAAGUCACAUGACCUGUGUUCACCAGUCUCUAAGCUUGGUCUCAGCUUCCUUUCUGUAAAAUGGGAGAAUAAGACCAACCUCUUGUUACUAGGGGACGUAGUAACAGCAAAGUGCUUUCCACUGAGCUUCCAGGGUGUCUGAGGAGGUGUGGCCACAGAACUUGGAUCCAAAAGCGCUGGGAGAACUGGAGCCACUUCCAUCUCGAAUUGCAGCCCUAUAUGCGAUGCUUUGAAAGAAAGGGGCAUCAUUCUAAGCCAAGAGGUCCCGGAGAGGGCACAGUGGAGUUUGUUCAGACUUCUGUGAGACCCCAGUGAUAUGCUGUGGCUGUACCCGCAUCACCUCCACCCCACUUGCCCUCCCAUGGGCUGCUUGACUACUAUGAAUCAGCUUGGUAGAAAUACAGCAAGGCCUUGCUGACGGUGUGGCCGGUGUAGUCACGGCCUUGGGCACAGGGGUGGGAAAUUAGCCAUAGUACAUUCCAGUGUGGGCAUUAUUGUCCUGCUGGCCAAACCAGGAAUCUGGUUUUGUCAGUCCAACUGAGAAACCAUUUCUUGGGAAACUUCUUGAACAACUACUUUUGCCAGGCAUUGACAUUCAGAAUAAGAUAUGCUAACAUCUUCUAGGCCAGCAUUUCCCAAACCAGGUUCUGUGGAAUCCUAGAUGUUAAUAAGGGACUCCUUAGUAAAGGAUUCUGUGCUUACUUUCAGGGAAACAUGCAAACUAUCUUGGGUAGUUUGAUGCUUUGAGCACAGCCCCUUCCCCUGUCCCUUGCUCUCUAUUUGUCUGCUGGUGGGGGAUCUAAAGGAUUCCUUGAGGGAAUUGCCUGGCUGUCCAGUGGUUAGGACUCGGCGCUUUCACUGUCGUGGCCCGGGUUCAGUCCCUGGUCAGGGAACUAAGAUCCUGCAAGCCAUGCAGUGCAGCUGAAAAAAAAAAAAAAAGGGUCCCUUGGGGAAUUGGCCCACCCCUAAAUAUUCCAAAUAUAGUCUAAGUACAUCAGGGAGCUUGUUAGAGAUGGAGCUCCCCCUUAAGUUCCCACAGAACUGUGCUAGCAGAACCAUUCUCAGCUCUCUGACGCAGGCAAAGUGAGAGUGUCCCUUGUCCUUGGAGAUCGGGUUGAGCAAAGGAUCUCUCUUUCAUGUCAUCAGGAACUCCCACAAGUGCUGUGCCAGAUCACAUAUUACACCAGGACAGGCCAAGUCAUGUAAGGAGGGAAGCCCUCUCGCUGUGUGAUCUUGGGUUAGAUACUUCAUCUCUCUGGGCUCAUGUCUCCAUCUGUAGACUGGGUAAUUGACUGGUCCUCAACACUGAUGAUAUUUAUCAAAGGCCUUUUCUCCAUCUGAUGUUUGUCCCCCUAUGUACACAUGCACUCCAGUCACUACCACAUCACCCAGUUUUAUUAAGUUUUGUAGAAGGGUUUUUGUUAGAGUAAACGUGUUCUGGAGAGGAGCUGGGGUAGCCCCUUAAAACGACCUAGCCUGCCUGGGAUCCAAGACUUGGUUCUGCGGACUCCCACCAUUAACUUGCCACCGUUAACUUGCCAGGCGCACUUGGUCAGAAGAGUUCCGGUCUGAUCGUCUGGGUUUGUGGCCCCCUCCUACUCCAUUCUCCAAGGCAGGCUGGGGCCACGUGGCCCUGCCCCGCCCUUGCUGGCUCCAGUUUCUGAGUCAGUUGCGGUGGCCUGCUUUCCCCGCCCUUCCCAUCAGUCGGGAAGCCGGGAUUGUGGGCUGGGGGAAGCCACAGCUUUUCCCACCUGGCACCCACUGCCCCCAGCUCCUAGGUACCUGUUCCAAGCCCUAGAAAACUGCAUCCUGGUAUGUGAACAGGUAAGAAAGGGGUCGAUUUUCUCUCACAUGGUUUUCUUUGCCUGACUUGACCACCCCAACUUAGCUGCUUCCUUCCUUCACAGAUCACAGCAAGAGGGAUUUGAGCUAGACUUGAAAAACACAGUCCCAGAAAGAAGCUCUUAAAUAUGUGUCAGAAAAGUGGUGUGAAUUCUCUGCUCUGGGUUUCUUUUUUAAACCUUUGCUUUCAUCAGCCUUGUAGGAAAAAAAAUCCAAAUAACCAUAAAGCAAGUUGCUUCUCUCUGCGUUCCCUUCUGAGUUUUGUAAUUCAACAAACCCACUUUCUUAAAUGGCUGUCAUGGGUUACUGGGGGUUGUUCCACUGGAUAUUGCUUUAGUUCCUUAGACCUUAAUGUACUAUGUGCAUGAAUUAUGUACAUGAAUUACCUAUCAAAAAUUUAUUUAAAAUUCUUUAAUGGAAAGGAAAAAAUAGAAUGGCAUACAUGAGCCUUCCUCAUUCAGUUGGUAUUCUGAAAUUAAAAUGAAGUGUUCUGCUUUUACACUUUGCAUUUAUUCUAAUAAAUGCACAUAAACCAACUAACUGUGAUUUUUAAAGUCCAUGUGGUAUCUGCCACGUUAACAAGCCCAUUCCAGGAUAUGCAGCCUUUGUCCCUAAAUUGUGAAAUUAGAUUGCUUCCAGGUGUUUUGCAAUUAAUAAUUUGACUUUUAUGGACAACUCUGUGGAAAUAACUUUGUCUUUUAGAUUUCUUUUUUUAAUCUCUCCUUGGAUUUUAUUCUCCAUCCAGAAUAAAUACUUGAGGUAAACCCAAGAACAUUUAUGUAGCUCAGCUUAUGUUACACAUGGUAUUAUGAGCUCACUCAUAAUACUUUUCAGGACCAUGAUGGCAUGAGGGAGUGGGUGGGUAACUUGUAUUCUCUGGAUUUUUCAGGAAGUGGGAUGGAGGCAGUCUAGCGCAGUGGUUGAGACUUGGCCUUUGAAGGCAGGCUAGCCUGGGUUUGUAUGUGUAGCUGCCUGACCUUGAACUCUCACCUAAUGACUUCAAUUAGUUCACAUGUAAAAUACAGAUUACAAAACUCCUUAGGGGUAUAGGAAAGGCAGAGAUAGUAUUUGUAAAACAACAUUGGUGCUUAAUAAGCACCCCUGGAAGACUUUCGAACCUGGGGCUUUCUCUGGGCGAUUUUAGAAGCUGGGUAGAGUUGAGAGUCAUCUCAAGUGCCUUUUUUGACCCCUUCCCCUCUUCUAAUUCAGCCACCUGUUAGAGGUUAUUUGUUUUUUUUUGUUUUUUUUGUUUUAACUUGGGCCCCUGUCUGUGCUAAGGCUGGAGAACUGGGCAUCAGGGAACUUGCAGUUUAGAUCAGCCUCUUUCCAAAGGUCCCCCAGACUCAGCCACCUGCCAUCAGAUCUGGAUGCCACCAGUCCCAUCUCUUAGCCACCUUCCUCAAAGGGCAGGUUUAAGGGAUCACUGGACAGAGUGGAGAAUUCCUUGGAAGUCUGUGGACACACCUUUUGUUCCCCACUCUGGUAGUUUGCUAGGAGGCCACAUGGAGGCACAAUGGAGUACGCAUAGGCUGGGUUCUAACCUGGCUGCACAAAUUCCCAGCAGUAAAAUGGGAAUGUUAAUACCUGUGCCAUAGAAUUACAUGAGAUAAUAUAGGUAAAGCAGCUGGCACUUAGGGGCCCAUUACUGUGGAAGGUCAAGGCCAUGUUCCAGAGCCUUUGAGAAAGUACCAGAAUUAGCCACAAAAGACAGGCAGAAAACUCAUGUUCAUUGCCUCAGUCAAUAAACAUUUAUCGGGCUGGCUGGUCAUGGUGCUGGAAGCUAGGGAAAGAUAUUGGGUUGGCCAAAAAGUUUGCUCGGGUUUUUCCAUACGAACUUAGCCAACCCAAUAUAUAACACAGGCUCCCUGCUCUUGGUACAGGUGUACAGCCCAUCCCAAGGGACAGAGGAGACUGACUGCAGCUGCCUGGGCACUUCAGGACAGCCCCCUCCUUAAGAAGGAAGAACAAUCUGUUAGGCAGAGAUGGGGAGGAAGCGAGAGUAGCAAGUGCUAAAGCCCAAUGGCAUUUGGGAAAGGGUGGGAAGUUCAGGAGGGCUGCAAAGGGAGAUUAGAGGAAGUGGUGGGGACCAAAUUCUGAAGAACCCUGAAAGUCAGGUGAGAAUUUGGACUUCGUCUCAAGUAUAUAGGGAUUUAAGUGGCUUUGGGGAUGUCUGUUCUGGCAGCUUUGGGGGUAGAGGAUGAUGUUCGAGGCCUGGAAUGCCCCCAGCCUUCCACCCCAUUUCAGGGGCUUUGAUGGUACCCAAGAUAAAUCAUUGCAGAGAGUGGGAUUCUCAAGACAGACUUGGCCUGGGGAAGCCUGGCCUGCAAGUUGGGGCCCAGGGUUCUGGGGUUCUGGUCCCAGAUCUUCUAUGAUCAGACCCAGGGUCUCCUCUCCUGCCUCAGCUGAGAGUUCAGGGCAGUCAGGUUUCUUACAGCUCUUGCCUUUUGGAGGUCUGCAAAAUGUCUCUGGAGACUGCAUUCAUCCUAUUCCCCCACCCCUGCAACACUGUCCAUGGUGGCUGUCCAUGACCCAGCCUUGGCCUUGGGAGGAAGAGGCAUCUUGUCUGAAGUGGACUGACCCCUUGAACCUGAGAGGCUCCAUGGAAGUCCGAGAACUGUGGCCUCUAGCCCUGUGACAAUCCCAGGGGGCUUCUGGGCUCCGACUCUCCUGCACGCUUGCCUGAGGGCCCUGUUCCACAGCUGGGGGAUGGUGUGCCCUGGAAUAGGGCUGUGGACAUCCUGGGAACGUACCUCCCAAACUUCCCAGGGGCUGCUGGGAGUGUUCUGUCUGUGCAUCUCAGCCAGGAAGGGGUCAAUAGCCAACGCCUGGAGAACCAGCCAGAACUUUCCCCUUGGGUCGAUCUCAGGUGACGAAGAGGUGGAUGAGUGGGGAUGUGGCUACAGUUAGCAACGUUGAGGUCAAGGUGAAGAAUUUGAAAGGCCAAAGAGAUGUGGACUUGCCACGUGGGCAGCUAUUCAGAAAGGUCAGGCCCUGCUCUUCAAGCUUUCUGGGUGCCUGUUAUCUGUCAUAGCAUGAGAAUGUCCACAUUCUGGCCCAGGACUCUUACCACAUCCAAGCUCCCACUUCUGACUUUAUCACCCACAGGUCUCCUCAAUCUUCCCUUCCCAGCUGCCACAUCUGCCUUUCCCUCUUUCCCAAGAGCUAGAACUUCCCUGCUUCUUUGUCUUCCUACUUUCUCAAAUCAUUAACAUCUCUUCAUAUGCACUUUUUAACCAUCUUAAUCAUUUUUUAGUGUAUAGUUCAAAGGUAUUAAAGUACAUUUACAUGGUUACAAAACAGAUCUCCACAACUUUUUCAUACUGUAAAACUGAAACUCUGCCCAUUAAACAAAAACUCCCCCUUUCUCCCUCCAGACAGUCCCUGGCAACCACCGUUCUACUUUCUGUUUCUAUGAAUUUGACUAGUCUUAGGUACCUCACAUAAAUGGAAUCAUAGAGUAUUUGUCUUUCUGUAUCUGGCUUAUUUCGCUUAGCAUAAUGUCCUCAAGGCUUAUCUGUGUUGUAGCAUGCAUCAGAAUUUCCUUUUUAAGGCUGAAUAAUAUUCCCUUGUAUAUAUACCACGUUUUGUUUAUCCAUUUAUCUGUCAAUGGACACUAGGGUUGUUCCAUGUUUUAGCUGCUGUGACUAGUGCUGCUAUGAACAUGGGUACACAAAUAUCUCUUUAAGACCCUGCUUUCAAUUUUUUGAGGUAUAUACCUGGAAAUGGAAUUGCUGGAUCGUAUGGUAUUUCUGUUUUUAACUUUUAGGAACCUCCAUACUAUUUUUCAUGGCACUUGCAGCAUUUUACAAUCCUACCACAAGUGCACAAGUGUUCCAGUGUCUCCAUAUCAUUGCCAACACUUUUUAUUAUCUGGGUUUUUGGUAGUGGUCAUCUUAAUGGGUGUGAGGUGAUAUCUCACUGUGGUUUUUAUUUGUGUUUUUCUGGAGAUUAGUGAUGGUGAGCAUCUUUUCAUUUAGCUGUUGACCAUUUGUAUGUCUUUGAAAAAAUAUCUACUCAAGUCCUUUGCCAUUUUUUAAUCAGCUUAUUUGAUUUUUUUGUUGUGAGUUGUAGGAGUUCAUUAUAUAUUCUGGAUAUUAACUCCAUAUCAUAUUUGCAAAUACUUUCUUCCAUUCCAUAGGUUGCCUUUUCACUGUGUUGCUGUGUCCUUUAAUGCACAAAAGUUUUCAGUUUUGAUGUAGUGCCAUUUGUCUAUUUUUGCUUUUGUUGCCUGUGCUUUUGAUAUCAUAUCUAUGCAGUCAUUGCAAAUCCAAUGUCAUGAAGCUUUUUACGUUUGUUUUCUUCUAGGAGUUUUAUAGUUUUGGAUCUUAAGCCUGUGUAAGCAUUUAAUAGCUUUAUUGUUUUUAUGAUAUGUGCUUAUUAUAAAAAAUACCAACAAUUCAGAAAAGCACAAGAAGAAGAGAAAAUCUCAAUCCCACUCCCCAAAGGGAACCACUCCCUAAUAAUAUUUUACUGGGCAACUCUCCAGACAGUGCCUUACUUCAUCACUCCUCAAACUGUAACCUGCACAUGAAUCACCUGAGGAUUUUGUUAAAUUCUCAUUACAAAGGCCUGGGGUGGGCCCAAGACUCCACAAGCUCUUAAGUGAUUCUACUGCUAUUGAUCAGGAAACCAUACUUGGAGGAGCAGGGGUCUGUAAGUAUACACGCACACAGCUCUAUGUCCUAUGGGAUCAUACUAUACUUUUUUUUUUUUUUUACUAUUUUUUUAUUUAUUUUAUUUUUUUGGCUGUGUUGGGUCUUUGUUGCUGCACGUGGGCUUUCUCUAGUUGUGGCAAGUGGGGGCUACUCUUCAUUGGGGUGUGCGGGCUUCCCAUUGCGGUGGCUUCUCUUUGUUGUGGAGCAUGGGCUCGAGGUGCAUGGGCUUCAAUAGUUGUGGCACGUGGGCUCAGUAGUUGUGGCUUGCAGGCUCUAGAGUGCAGGCUCAGUAGUUGUGGCGCAUGGGCUUAGUUGCUCCGCGGCAUGUGGGAUCUUCCUGGACCAGAGCUCGAACCCAUGUCUCCUGCAUUGGCAGGCAGAUUCUUUUCUUUUUAAUUUUAUUUAUUUAUUUAUUAUUUAUUUAUUUAUGGCUGUGUUGGGUCUUCGUUGCUGCAUGCGGGCUUUCUCUAGUUGCGGCGAGCGGGGGCCACUCUUCAUUGCGGUGCGCGGGCUGCUUAUUGCAGUGGCUUCCCUCAUUGUGGAGCACGGGCUCUAGGCGCGUGGGCUUCAGUAGUUGCGGCAGGCGGGCUCAGUAGUUGUGGCUCACGGGCUCUAGAGCACAGGCUCAGUAGUUAUGGCACACAAGCUUAGCUGCUCCGCGGCACGUGGGAUCUUCCCGGGCCAGGGAUCGAACCCGUGUCCCCUGCAUUGGCAGGCGGAUUCUCAACCACUGCGCCACUGGGGAAGCCCUCCAUCAUUGUUUAUAGUGGCCCCGUAUUAUCCCAUUGUAUGGUCGGAUGGUAAUUCAGCUAGUUCCUAUGGAAGAAGUUCAGGUGCUACCAAGUUAUCACUGUUAGAAAUAAUGCAUUCACAAACAUCGUUGUCACCAUGUCUUUGUUUACCUGAAGGAAUUACUGUUAUGGUGUUUAUUUGUCUUUCUAGGAAUCAGGCCAGAACUAACACAUUCAAAUGUAUUAGUCCUCACAGUCACCUGGGGGACUGGACACUUAAUCUCAAGGCUCUGCCAGCCCACCAAUGGUGAGGGGCAGAGCAGUGUGGGAUAGAGGUGGGACAAGUGUGGGGUAGGUGGAGGAUCACAUGGGCCUGGGAGGAGGCAGUGGUGGCCAGCACUGUCGGUGCCCACUCUUCAGCCAGGCAGUGUGUGUCUGGUGCUCAUUUAAUGUCCACAGCUCCCUGGUAGGUUUGACUUAGUCUCCCCCAGUUUACAGAUGAAGAAACUGAGGUGCAGGGAGGACUGCUAGCUUCCCACAGUCACUCAGGCGUGAUGAGGCAGUGCAGAGGACACGCCCGACCCUGCAUAGGUUGCUGUUACCUCGUGUGCCCUGCCUCGUCUCCCAAGAGGCCCUAUCCUGCGCUCCAGCCUCUGCAGAGCCCCGGUCUCACCGGAUUCAAGAGUCUGCGGGCUGCCCUGCGCUGCCAGAGCUGUCCCUGCUUUCGUGCAAGAUAAUCCAAGCAGCUACCAGCCCGUCAGGCAGCUGUGGAGCGAGCCCCCGGCCCCUUCCCCUCUCCUGCCCUGAGAGCAGGGGACCAACUAGAGGAUGCCUCCAGGCUGUCAUCUCUGCAGGCCAUGCAGGGUAAGGCCUUUGCUGAAACGAUCCAGGGGCUGGGGUUAGUUUAGCACUCUGGGGCAGGGUUGGGGUAUGUCCAAGGUCAACACCUCCUCCCUGGCCAGGGCUCCCUGGAUGGAGCUCAGAGGAUGUUGGAGGCUCCAGAGUGGUCACUGAUCAGUUGGACUGCAGGGAUUUGCAGGGAUGGGAGCUGUUGAGAGCACUGGACAGGCUUAGACAGCCUGAACUUGAAUCCAAGCUCUGCCACAUGCUGCCUGUGAGACCUUGGGCAAGUCAGGGCACCUCUCCAGUCUCACUUUCCUCAGCUGUAAAAUAGGAGUAAGCAUAGGCUCUCCCUGUACCCUCUCAUACCUAUUAGGAUGGCUGUUAUGUAGAAAGAAAACAAAAUAACAAGCAUUGGCUGGGAUAUUGAGAAAUUGGAACUCUUGUGCACUGUUGAUGGGAUUGUAAAAUGGUACAAUCCAUUUCCAUGAUACUGUGGAAAACAGUUUGGCAAUUCCUAAAAAAAUUAAAACUAGAACUACCAUAUGACCCAGCAGUCCCACUUCUGGGUGUACACCCAAAAGAAUUAAAAGUGGGGUCUCAAAGAGAUAUUAGUACACCCAUGUUUGUAGCAGCAUUAUUUGCAAUAGGCAGAAGGGUAGAAGCAACUAAAGUAUCCAGUGACAGAUGAAUGGAUAAACAAUAUGUAUAUGUGUAUGUACACACACACACACACACACACACACACACACACACACACACACACACACACACACACACACACACACACACACACACACACACUCUGGAAUAUUAUUCAGACUUAGGAAGGAAAUUCCGAUGCAUGCUAUGACGGAUGAAUCUUGAGGACGUUAUGCUAGGCAAAAUAAGCCAGACACAGAAAGACAAAUUCUGUAUGAUCCCACUUAUGUAUGGUACCUAAGAGUAGUCAGAUUGUAGAAAUGGAAAGUAGAAUGGUGGUUGCUGGGAGCCGGGGGUAGUUAUUGUUCAAUGGAUUUAGAGUUUCAGUUUCGCAAGAUGAAAAUAUUUCUGGAGAUAGAUGGUGGUGAUGGUUGCAACAAUGUAAAUGUACUUAAUACCACUGACAUGUACACUUAGAAAUGGUUAAGAUUUUAUGUUAUAUGUAUAUCAGUACAAUUUUAAAACUUGGGGGAGAAAGUAGUAUAUGCCUCACAGGGGUUUUGUAAGAGUUGAGUGAGACAAGUGAAUGUGAAUUAUUAUUAAUGUCAGAUCUGGGAACAUCCAAGACUUUUUUGCCUCAUGGACCCAGGCAUUGGAGGAGAUUGUGUAUCCCUGUGGGGAGCAGUUGCGCCAUUCUGUAUGAGAUGCUCAGGAUGGGGUUGAAGUCUCUCAUCAGGGGAGACUUCCUGGAGGAAUGACAGGCCCUGCUCAGAGGGUUCCUAGCAUUUGUGGGAUGGGUAGAUUCCAGACAUCGGAAAGUCCCUGGCAAAAAAUCACUUCCACUAAGGGGCAGUUUGCAGGGAGGAGAUUUUAGCUCCGCCUAGAGGACUUGUGACCAGAGCUGGCCGAAUGUGGAACAGGCUGCCUCAUGGAGUGGUGAGCUCCCCAUUAGAGGAGGCAUGUGAGGAGAGGCUGGGCAAGCUGUAGAGGAGACUCCUGCAUGGAGUAGGGGUGGAGUCAGAGGGUUUCCUAGGCUCUGCGCCUCUCUAAUGUGAUCCAGUCGGCAAAGUUAUAUGUAACAGGCCUGUGUAAAGGUGGGACCCAAGUAAGAGGGAGGGGGCAGGCAGGUGAGAAGGCUUGCUGCCAGCCUUCCCCUAAACAACAGUAAUAAUAGUUGCUGCCAUUUAUUCUGGGUACACACUGUUAAAUGCUAAACCGGCUUGAUCUCAGAUCCUCACCACAACCCUGUAUGGUGGGUGCUACAGUCAUCCCCAUUUUACUCCUGGGAACUGAGGCCCAGGGGUUAAAUCUCCUGCCCAAGGUCAGCCAGUAGGCAGUGAGAUGGAAUUUGAAACCAGGCGGUCUGGUGCUAGCCCACUCUGUUGGGUGGAAGUCUCCAAAUCUGCCUCCGCAAGCUGCCUACUCCCUGCCACCCUGCCCCUGGCUGAUAGUUCCUGGGUCCUGACACUCUCACAGGUAGGGAUUUAGCAGCUGCCACCUACCCCUGUGAGUCCUCGGUGCCCCCCUCACUCUGACGGGUUUCUCUGCGGUGCCAGACCCCAUCUGCUUGGGUCUCCAGGGUUCAAGGAUAACACUGCAGACAACACUGGCCUUAUUGGGAGCCAGGCUCCUUGUCACUCAAUGUCCCCCUUCUUCUGUUUAACAGGACCCUCCUUGACAACUCUCUACAGGGCUCCAAGUCUUUCCCAUAGCUGUUGAGUUCAUUCUGCCUUUUUUGCAACUGAGUUUUUUCCAGCCCAGCUCUCUGGGUGCCAAGACCUUGUCCACAUGAUUCAAUUUGUCCAAGUUCCCAGGCUAGCACCCGCAAGUCAAUAAAUGCUGUCCUUAAUGGUGGCAAUACGGUGGCCUCCUCUGUCUUUCGAAUUACAGAGGAAGCCCUGGCAGGGACGGCGAUUGAGCCAGAAUGACCCAGUUAGUGGGGAUGCCAUUCACACCUUAUGAAGAUGCAGGGAGCUACCGUUUAAAGACAUCUCCGUGCCAGGUAGGGUGCUAAGCUCUACGCGGGCACUAUCUCACCAAAUUCACACAGAGCCCAGGAGGUGAAGAACUGCAAUUUUCCCAUAUUACAGAUGAGGCAACUGAGACUUGGAGAGGUUAAGUCACAUGUUCAGAAGCUCAGAUCUUUCUUUCUCCCCAUUGCUGCCUUGGAGGCUUUGCAUUGGUAGCUGAUCCGAUAGCAGUAAUAUUAGUGCCACUUGCUGCUUAGUGGAGAAGUCGUACAUCUAAGAUUGCUGUCCGCCUCCCUCCUGGUACCCUCACUGCCACCCUGGGAGUGGGCCUGGGUAGUGCUAUUUUGUGGAUGAAGAAGGUGAUUAGGGGCUUCCCAUGGUCCCAUAGUGGAAGGGGUACACCAGAGCAGGGUGGUGAUCCUUCUGGCCCGCCUUGCUCUGCAGACCCCUUCCCACCUCCACUGCACUGGGUCUCAGGCUAUGUAGCCCUCCUGCUUGUCUCUUUGGAGGGUCUGUCCCAGGCCCCAGUGAAGCAGCUCUGCACAGAGGCCAGCAGACCAGCUGGCCCAGCAGAGGCUGGGCUGGGGCCAGGUGCUUUCCAGUGUCUUCCUGCAGCUGGGAAACCUUUCUUGGAUGACAUCUCUGCAGAGGGUGCCCCCUGGUCCUACUUGCCCUGGUUCCCCUCCCAGCCAAGAGAAGACCACUCUUCUCCCUGUCCGUGGAAAUCACAUAGGCAACAUAAUUUUUGACUGUCAGGCUGCAGCAAUGGAAUUCUGGAACCUGGAAGCCUAUAAGGCGUGACUGUUAACCCCAGAGGAGGAAGCUGAGGCUGGUUCAAAAUCUGGGACUUAAACCCUGGGCUGUCUGCUGGCAAAGCCCGUAACAUUGACUACAUAAUUUUUAUUUUAUAAUUUUUAAGCUUUUAAAAAAUAAUUAGUGGGGGUUUUUUUAGGACAGUUUAUCAAUAGAUUUACAGAAAGAUUGAGGAGAAAGUAUAAAGAGGUCCAUAUGGCCACCCUACCCCAGUCACACAGUGCCCCUUGUUAUUAACAUGUGUUAUUAGUGUGGUAAGUUUGUUACAAUUGAUGAAUAAAUAUUAAUACAUUAUUAUUAGUAUAUUAAAACAUUAUUAAAGUUCAUAGUCUAUAUUAGGGUUCACUCUUGGUGUUGUACAUUUAUGGAUUUUGACAAAUGUAUAAUGAAAUUGUGACAAUGUCAGAAUAGUUUCACUGCCCUACAAAUCCUCUGUGUUAUACCUAUUCCUCCCUCCCUCCCUGCAUCCUCUGACAACCACCAAUCUUUCUGCCAUCUCUGUAGUUUAGCCUUUUCCAAAAUAUCAUACAGUUGGAAUCACACAGUAUGUAGCCUUUCCAGGUUGGUUUCUUAUACUUAGAAAUAUGCAUUUCCACUUCCUUCAUAUCUUUUUGUGGCUCGAUAGCUCAUUUCUUUGCAGUGCCUAAUAAUGUCCCAUUGUAUGGAUGUACUAUAGUUUAUUCACUUAUUAGGGGAUAUUUUGGUUGCUUCCAGCUUUUGGUGAUUAUUAAUAAAGCUGCUAUAAACGUAUGUGUGCAGGUUUUUAUGUGGACAUAACAUAUGGUAAGGCUAUGUUUAGCUUGUAAGAAACCACCAAACUGUCUUCCAAAGUGGCUGUACCAUUUUGCAUUUCCACCAACAAUCAAUGAGCGUUCCUGUUGCUCUACUUCUUGUCAGCAUUUAGUAGUGUAAGUUUCUUGGAUUUUAGCCACAAAGUAAUAGGUGUAUAGUGCUAUCUCAUUGUUGUUUUAAAUGUAAUUCCCUAGUGACAUAUGUUGUUGAGCAUCUUUCAUAUGCUUAUUUGCCAUCCAUAUAUCUUUUUGGUGAGGUGUCUGUUCAGAUUCCUUGCCCACUUUUUAAUUGGGUUCUUUUGUUUUUUCUUGUUGAGUUUGAAGAGUUUUUUGUAUAUUUUGGAUACAAGUCCUUUAUCAGGUCUUUCAUAAAUAUUUUCAUCUUCUUAGCUGUGUCUUUUGCAGAGCAAAAGUUUUAAAUUUUAAUAAAGUCUAACUUAUCAAUGUUUCCUUUUAUGGAUCGUGCUUUUAAUGUACAUAAUAACUCAUUACCAAACCCAAGGUUACCUGGAUUUUCUCCUGUUAUAUUCUAGAAGUUUUAUGCUUUUGCAUUUUACAUUUAGGUCUAAGAUCCAUUUUGAAUUAAUUUUUGUAAAAGGUAUAAGGUCUGUGCCUAGAUUCUUUUUUUUUUUUUUUUUUUUUUUGGUAUGUGGGUGUCCACUCGUUCCAGUACCAUUUGUUGAAAGGACUAUCCUUUCUCCAUUGAAUUGUCUUUGCUCCUUUGUCAGAGAUUAGUUACUUAUAUUUAUGUGGGUCUACUUCUGGGCUCUCUAUUCUGUUCCAUGGGUCUAUUGGUCUAUUCUUUUGCCAGUACCACACUGUCUUGUUUACUGUAGCUUUAUAUAAGUCUUGAAGUCAGGUCGUAUGUGUCCUCCAAAUUUGUUCUUCAAUAUUGUGUUGGCCAUUCUGGGUCUUUUACCUCUCCAUAUAAACUUUAGAAUCAGUUUGUAGAUAUCCACAAAAUAACUUGCUGGGAUUUUGAUUGAGAUGACAUUGAAUCUAUAGCUCAAGUUAGGGAGGACAAACAUCUUAACAAUAUUGAGUCUUCCUAUCCAUGAACAUGGAAUAUCUCGAUUUAUUUAUGUCUUCCUUGAUUUCUUUCAUCACAGCUUUAUAGUUUUGAUCAUGUAGAUCUUCAACAUAUUUUGUUAGGUUUAUAUCAAAGUAUUUCAUUUUGGGGGUGCUAAUGUAAGUGGUGUUGUGUUUUUAUUUAUUUAUUUUAUUUAAUCUUUUGGCUGUGUUGGGUCUUCGUUGCUGCACGCAGGCUUUCUCUAGUUGUGGUGAGCGGGGGCUACUCUUCAUUGCGGUGCAUGGGAUUCUUAUUGCAGCGGCUUCUCUUGUUGUGGAGCACAGGCUCUAGGCGCGCGGACUUCAGUAGUUGCAGCACACAGGCUCAGUAGUUGUGGCUUGCAGGCUCUAGAGCGCAGGUUCAGUAGUUGUGGCGCACGGGCUUAGUUGCUCUGCGGCAUCCUCCCUGACCAGGGCACGAACCCGUGUCCCCUGCAUUGGCAGGCAGAUUCUCAACCACUGCACCACCAGGGAAGUCGGGUGGUGUGUUUUUAAUUUCAAGUAGAUAAUAUAUGUGCACAGUAAAAAAAAAAAAUCAGGGACUUCUCUGGAGGUCCAGUGGUUAAGAUUCCAUGCUUCCACUGCAGGGGGCAUGGAUUUGAUCCCUGGUCGGGGAACUAAGAUCCCACGUGACACACCGUGCAGCUGGGAAAAAUCAGAAAAAAUCAAAAGAUAAGAUUGGUUUACAGUGAAAAGUAGCUUCCUCUCCGUAUCCCAUUCCUUAGGACUCUGUUUUCAUCUGUCCAAAUACAAUCACUAGAUUCUGUGGGUCCUUCUAGAGAUUGAAAUACAUACUCAAGCUCAUAUUUAUAUUUAUUAUUCAUUUGACAAACAUCCAUGAGCAUUUACGAUGGGCCAGGCACAGGAGAUGGGGCAGAGAACAAAAGGAAGUCCUACUCUCAUGGAGCUUACAUUUGUUGCAGUUGGCAUCACCAACUAGAUCUCCACUCCUCACAAAAACUCUGCCCAGCAGGUAUUAUCCCUGUGGGAAGGGCUCAGGAUUGAAGGAGGAUUCUCUGGGGCCAACCAAAUUCUCCAAGAGCUCAAGCAGAGAGGCUGGUCCUGCCAAGAGCUAUGGAUAAGGCUGCUCAAGGCCAGAAGAAGCAGGUUCUUGAAAGGAGGGCUUCUUGCUAAGGCAAAUGGGUAGAGAUGAGGAGGAGGUGAGGAGGCAGCUAAAGGAGGCUGCCAGCCCAGUCUGGAGCCAGAUUCAUAUCAGAUUAAUGACUUGGAAGCCCUCCUAUUCCCAGAUGGCUGCAUUUUAAUUCCUUAGUUUUGUUUCCUCUCGGUUUCUUCUUAGACACAUUCUUCUGGGGUCGAGUCUAACGUUGUUUGGAUGACCUCAGGAGGAAAGGGAUUUAUCUAUACUGUGAGUAACCCUGCCAGGGGAGUGAUCAGGGUGUCUCCAGAGGUGCAGAGGGAACUGUGGUCAUGAGAGGUUAUGAUGAAGAGCCGGGGAGAGGCAGUCAGCUGCUGGGAUCAAGGUGUCUGAGUGGCAGAUGUGGGCCAAGUUGGCUUUCCCACCUGGGUCUCCCUCCCAGGCUGGAGGUGACACUCUUAGACAUGGCACUGGGCUCUCUGGCAUCCCAUUUCCCAUGUCUGCCUUAGACACUGGAGCCAAGGGACGCCCUGCAGCCACAUAUAUGCCACCCUCUACCCAUCCCCCAGCCCAGCUAAAAUUAUUUGUGUCCAUUUGCAGUGAGGGUGGAGCUGUUCUUAUCUGUAUGUGUCAUACAUGUAGUAAUAAUAGUUCACCACUGACCAGGCUGAGGGCCAAUAACUGCAAAUUUCGUUCCCAUUUUAUAGAUGAGGAAACGGGAGCUCUGAAGCCAAAUAACACUGCAUUGCCUCCAGAGGGUCCCAGCACCCAGGGUGGCAGCACACACAGUUGGGGUCCUUCUCCCCAACUUGACACGUUUGUUAAGGCCUCACUCAGGCAGCUCAGGUGGUGCCUGAUAUUGACCCUCCUGGCUGAGCUGAGCCUUUUCCUCUCUCUUAGGUUCUUGGGUGGUUCUCUGGCUCCCACCUUCCCAAGUGGCACUGCUUUGGGCCAUUUCUGAUUAUUUCCUAGGCGUCCACCUCUUAAAGUGGAGUUACCCCCUCACAAGGUUUAGCUAGUUUUAUGGUUCUUGUUACAAAUUGCCAGGUAGGACCGAUCCAGAAAAAUUGGAGUAUUUUAUCAGUGAGCAUGUAUCAGACAUAUGUGUCUCUUACCAAAUACAUCUCUUUAAUUCCUAGAGGCAGAAAGGAUUUACUUAUAUGGUGAUUUACACUCUGUACAAAUGUAAGCAAUGUGUUCUUGAGCCCCUGCAUCUGUUAGGUGUUACCAAUUUUACUGAGUAGAGGAUGAUUCUUCACAUAGCUGUACCUCCUGGGAAUAUACCAGGCAAAUGCCCGGGUGGCUCCGGCCCUGAAGGGACAAUUCUGUAAAGAGUCUAGGACUCCUUUCCAUCUAGGCAUGGCUCAAACUGCCUGGAAGAGCUGUCCCCCAGGCCCUGCCAGGCACAUGAACAUCCAGUAGAGACUCUAGAGGUCACCUUCCUUCACUGCAGGGCUUGGAGGAAUGGUGGUUGUCCUGGCCUCCAGCUUCGGCCUCCAGCUCAUCUUGCACAUCAGUGUUCCCUGAGUGAGUGUGUUCACCAGGUCAUUCCCCUGCUCACAACCUGUACUGGCUCCCUGCUGCCUGACACUCAAGAGCUGCUUGGCUUUCAAGGCCUUCUAUAGUCCUGUGUUGGCCUGCCUGACCAAAGUAGACUCCCAUGACACCCUGAUGCCGCUUCUCGGCUCCAAGACAAGGGACCUUCUCUGCUGUCCCGAGCAUUUGCCAUGUGGGCCUCAUCUCCACGCUUUGUUUACUUUCUCCCCACUUCUCCCUCCUCAGUGUCUUCUCUUGUCCCCAUUUUCCAGCCUUCAUCCUCUAGUUUAAGUCUCCUUCUCCUUGCCAUGAAACCUACUUUGAUCACAUUGGCCAACUUUGAUCCAUCCCUGCUUCAAACACUUAUUACAUUUAUCGUCCAUAAAGACUAGCCUUGAACCAUUCUGUAUAUGUUCUCUCAGCCUGCCUCCAAGACCGCCAACUAGCCUGUGAUUUCCAUAAGGGCAGAAAACUGAAUCCCUGAGAGUCUAAGAUGGUUCUGGGCAUACUGCCUGCUUACUAGCCAUUAAUAGCGAGGCACUGUAUAUGGAAACAUUCUGUAACUCUCAGACAAGACACCAAAUGCAGUAGGGCUCUUAGUGUUGCCAUAUUCCACUGAUUCACACCUUUCCCCCACUCCCCACAUUUUAACAUCUCUGAAAUCAGGAUCAAUGGCAAAUCACAAUUUAACUGAUAGAUUUUUCCUCCUCUUUCUCAGUGUCACGUAAAAUAUUGGUGCAUUUUACAAUCCAUUGUGCAUUAGACUUGGUGAAAUAAGGUGUUACUGGUUGAUGAGAGAAUCUGUUGAUAGCUGUUUCUGGAUUGGACCUGGGAAAAAGCAUUUGGGAGAAAUGAGGGAAUUCUGGGAAAGAUGAAGGGACACGGGAUGAGGAGAGGAUGCUGGGAAAAGUGGAGGAUGCUGGGGGAGAUGAGGGAUGCUGGGAGAAGUGGGGAAUGCUAGAAAAGGACGGGAGGGUACUCUAUUGGGCCCAGAAGCUUCCUGAAUCAUUCUGAAUUGAUUCAGCUAUUCCUUCGUUCCAUAAUCCUGUCCUCUGUGCAUAUGCUACUUCAGAGGCUGAUUCACAGAGGCAACCUCUGGGUCCUGACUCUGAAGUUGCAGGGUGCUCAGGUUACCCUUCCAGCUCCAGAUUCUUUUGGGCUCCAUCCCAUAUGCUGGGCCUUCCUUGGCCUCACAGUCAGGCUCUUCCAGCUGCAAAAAGCUGCUGGGUGGGGGAAUGUGGUCUCCUUUUGCCUUCAGUCUGCCUCAGACUGCUGAUAAUGUAGAGUUAUCAGCAAGGGCUUUGGGGUCAGACAUAUUUAGAUUUAAUGCUUGCUGUCCCAUUUGCUAGCUGUGUGAAUUUUGGCAACUUGUAGACCUUUCUGAGCUUUACUUUCCUCAUCUUUAAAAUGAGGGUGAGGGAAUUCCCUGGUGGUCCAGUGGUUAGGACUCCGUGCUUUCACUGCCGAGGGGGCGGGUCAGGGAACUAAGAUCCUGCAAGCCACGUGGCACGGCCAAAAAAAUUAAAAAUAAAUAAAAUAUGAGGGCUAGAAUUAGAAUUCUAAUUCUGGUAUUGAUGUGUGUGUGUGGUGGGGGGGAUUAAAUGACAUAAAGUGAUUAACAUUAGCUAUUAUGAUGAUGAUGAUGACGAUCGUCAUUGUUCCUUUAGUCCUUUUAUUCAAGCUCAGGUAGCCCCAGCUUCCCAUGGACACUGCCUACAUUGUCAACCCAGAUUUUAUGGGCCCCAAACAUCCCUGAAGCAGAGGCAGCACCACCUCCAUGGCCAUCCCCAGCCGUGACUGGGAGCUCUUGCUCUUUUUCCAUCAUUCUACUAGUUUUCACUGAGCACCUCCUGUGUGUCCACUGGGGGCUGUGCCGGGUGAACACCAGAGCUCUAGUUUCAUUGGAAAAAUAAGGCAAAAUUCCAUGGAAGGUUAUGGCUAAAAACCAGUACAAAGAAAAAUAUAAGUGAGGUUCCUUUUCAACAGAAUGGAAGAUUUGAUAGUUUUUUGGGGAAACUCUACAAAAACAUCCAGAAACUUAGGAUAUAAAACAAUCAGCACAUUUUUUUAUGCAUAGCUGAGCUGCAUGGGAAUAAGGAUAGCCCUGGGCAAGACAGUAAAGGAAGUUGGGAGGGAGUGAGGCUGCUUUGCCUUCCCUGAGUGCCCUUCACUGGUCUGGAUAUCCAGGGAAGUAGAUCUGAAUAGCCAUAGGGACUAGAGCCAAAGUUUUGAGCCCACAUGAAGCAGGGAGGUAGAAAUAAGACCCCCACAUACAGCUGGGACCCUUAAGGGUUUAAGCUUCUUUUAAGUGCAGUUAGGCCAGAAAAAAUUCAACCUCUGGAAGAAGCAGAGAAGGAAGAUUUUCUAACCUGGCCUGGGUCUGGUUUGAGAAGGGGAAGACCUCCUCUGAGAAAUGUAUAAUCACACAUCUGCCCUCUUUUGGAUUUGGGAUCAAAUUUACACUGCUCAUGUGAUCCUAGAGUCUCUAGGCCAGGAAGUGAUCAUAAAAGCUACUCCUGGCUGGAAAAUUCAUAGAGAAAGAAAGUAGAAUGGUUGCCAGGACCUGAGGGGAGGGGGAUAUAGGGAGUUGUUUAAUGAAUAUAGAGUCUCUGUUUUGCAACAUGAAGAGUCCUGGAGAUUGACUGUACAACAAGAUGAAAAUAUUUAGCACUCCUGAACUGUAUACUUAAAAAUGGCUGAGAUAGUAAAUUCUAUGUUAUGUAUAUUUUACCACAAUUUUAAAAACACACACAAAAAACAAAAAAACCCAAAAAACUACUCCUACCUGGUACUCCUUGGAACACCUGGAAGAAGCAAAAGCAAAACCUUCAACCCAGCCUGCUCAGGCUGCCCACAGGAUGCCUGUCAAACAUGAACAGUCCAAAUUAGAAAUGCAUGAGGAAGCCAGCCACCAUGAGGGAGUCAGCAGCAAGAUCAAGAAAGAAAGCAAGAGAAUCAAACUUAUGGUUACCAAAGGGGAAAUGUGGGGGGGAAGUGAUAAAUUAGGAGAUUGGGAUUAACAUAUACACACUACUAUAUAUAAAAUAGAUAGCUAAUACGGACCUACCGUAUAGCACAGGGAACUCUACUCAAUAUUCUGUAAUGACCUAUACGGGAAAAGAAUCUGAAAAAGAAUGGAUAUAUAUAUGUAUAACUGAUUCACUUCUCUGUACAUCUGAAACUAACACAAUAUUGUAAGUCAACUACACUCCAAUAAAAAUUAAAAAACAGCAAAAAGAAAAAAAUCAAGGUGUUGGCAGGGUUGGCACCUUCUAAGGGCUGGAUCUGUUCCAGGCUUCUCUCCUUGGCUUGUAGUUGUUCUUCUUUUUCCCAUUUCUCUUCAUAAAGUCUUUCCUCUG